UUAUAUAUGGGGGUAUGGGGGCUAAAUGCACAACCACACCAUACAUAUUUCAUUUUCAUUUCUGUUGCUGACAUGAAGCUUUUUUUUCUCCAAGUAUUUCUGUGUUUCUCUGUUGGUCUCUGGCAAAACUCUCCAUGAAAUGCAUUGAGGAAAAUCCAGAGAAUUAGAGAGCAAAGACUGCAUGUCAUAUCCGUUGGCAUAUUCUGCCGUCUUGCCUUGAAUAUUUACAGUGAUCCAUCCCAAUAGACAUCUGUCUGGAAAUACAGAGCUAAGCCUCGUUAUUCUAAAGAACUUCACUGGACAUGGCUGAAAUUAAAAUGAAUGUUUCAGAGACAUCACUUUGUACUCUUGCUAUUCUGUUUUAGACUGUGCAGACAAUAUAUUCACCUUGAUAACAGAACUGCUCGUGCUUUUCUCUGCUUACAGCUCCAGAGGUGAUCAGCAAAGAGGAAUAUGACACGAGUCCUGACUGGUGGGGCCUAGGGUGUCUGAUUUAUGAAAUGAUCGAGGGUCAGUCUCCGUUCAGGGCCCGGGACGAGCGCCCCAAGUCCUCAGAAAUGGAGAAAAGGAUCAAAUUUAAAACGGUGGAAUACAGUGACAGGUUCAGCAAGGAGGCCAGGGACAUCUGCAGUGGAUUGCUGGAAAGGGAUCCAAAACAAAGACUGGGUUGCCAAGGUCCAGGAUCAAAAGAAGUGAAGUCUCACCCCUUCUUUCGAAAGAUCAACUUCAGGAUGCUGGAGGCAGGACAGGUGGAGCCUCCUUUUAAACCAGAUCCCAGGCUGGUGUACUGCGACGACGUGCAGGACAUCGAGGAGUUCUCCACACUGAGGGGAGUCGUUCUGAACCAGACAGACGGAGAGUUCUACACCAAAUUCAACACAGGAAGCGUUCCGAGGAGUUGGCAAAACGAGCUCAUAGAGACGGGAUGUUUUGAAGAACUGAAUGUUUUUGGUCCAAUGGGAUCUCGACCUCCGGACCUGGACUGGUCCCUGGCCCCUAACAGCCCCAAGCGUGGUUUGCUGCAUCGAAUGUUCCGCAGACAUGGACGAAUUCAGACCGAUUCUUAAAAGUGUGGAUGGAUACCAUGACGUCAGACAUUUGAUUUAAGCAUUUCCUCCGGCAGCACCCGUCAGUUUCAACAGAUGACGGCAAACAGAGCCAUCCAUCCAGUUAGGGGCCAGCUCCUCUCUCUGAGCACAACGCCAGCUCAGAAACUGAAGAUAAGCCCCUCGACCUCUGAAGCACUUCGUGUCUGCAUAGCAGCAGCACAGUAGCACUUGUCAAGAAAUUAGGGGUGCACCGAUUGCAGGUUUCUGGCCGAUCACCGAGCUUUGAAUAACCUGGCAUUACGAUUUUGAUCGAUACUGAUUUUUUACUAUUUGACACGGUCAGUUAUCAUAAAAUCACAAAACACCUUCAAUACUUCAAACUUAUCUUGAAAAACAUUAGUCAGUACCCAUGUAACAAUAAAAACCUCUCAAAUAACUGCUCCCAAAUAUAAAGUUAAAGCAUUCAGUUGGUGAUUUUCAGACCAUUGCAGAGGCAGAUAAGAUCGGUCUCACAUCUAAGUGUCGGCCAAUCAGCGAUCUCCAAAAAUUAAAGAAAUCGUGGCCGACCGAUCAAUCGGUGCACACCUAUAGGAAAUGUCAAAAUAAGGU